UGUAUAAACUGAAAAUCGUCCCCAAACUUACACUUACAUAGAAACCUACCUUUAAAGACUUCCUCCAUUCAAUAUCCUUACUUCUCUCGCAGAAACACCAAUGGGGAAAGAAAUUUCACAGCUGUCUCCCCUUCUCCUUCUCCUUCUCCUUAUGAUCUCCUCAGGUUCAGCAGCCAUUCUUUCCUUCCUGAAUGAAUGUAGCUACACAGUGUGGCCCGCAACUUUCUCCGGAAAUGAUGGUCCCGCCCUCGGGGAUGGCAGUUUUUCCUUGGCUCCGGGACAAUCGAUCCAGCUCAUUGUCGAUCCCGGUUGGUCCGGCAGGGUCUGGGCCCGAACUGGCUGCAACUUUGACUCCUCGGGCAACGGUAAAUGCCUCACUGGUGAUUGUGGCUCGCUUAAUUGCAUCGGAGACGGCCAGCCACCUUUUACGUUAGCCCGGUUCAUCAUCUCAUUGGGAACCACCGACAAUACCUUCUACGAUAUCAGCCUGGUCGAAGGCUACAACGUCGGCAUGCGCAUCGAUGCCACCGGCGGAACAACUGACUGCCAGCACGCGGGCUGCAUCGCCGACUUGAACUGUCCCCCGGAGUUGCGGGUGGUUGAUUUUUUUGGCUCGGUAGUCGCGUGCAAGAGCGAGUGCGGGGCGUUCAAUGAGGCCCAGUGUUGUUGCGCCGACGACUACUCGACGCCACAAACUUGCUCGCGGACUCAGUACGCGGAGAUGUUCAAAGCGUGUCCGAAUGAUGUUUCAAGCCGUUUCACUUGCUCUGGGUCGAAUUUCUUGAUCACGUUUUGUCCAGAAGAGUUAUGAUCAUUAUCGACGGAUUAUACGCACGUACUUCUUCGUGAAUGGUUUUGUUAUUAGGUUUGGUAUAAUGUGACAAUGUGUGAUGUCUUUUCUUUUCUUUUUUUUUCCUUGGUUUUCAGAGUUAUGGAAGGUGUGGGAAAUACAUAUAUGUAUUUCUUGAAAGAAAAAUGCUCAAUGCAGUCGUCUCGUGUAAACGGUGAGUAAACGGCUGCUAAUAUAGAACAAAAUAAAACGCACCGUUUCAAAAAAUAGAACGCACCGUUUCAACUACUAAAGGCUUCCCUCUC